UUCCACGUUGUCCCGGACGUGGCAGUUGGUCCGGAGUCUUGGGAAGAAGAAACCCGAGCAUUUCUGACACGUUUACCUCUGUCGAAGGGUCUUCGCGAAGCAAUCAAACAUCAUUCAGCAGUCAUGGGGCUGACCAUAUCUACAAUCUUUGGUCGACUGUUUGGCAAAAAACAAAUGAGGAUUUUAAUGGUUGGUCUGGAUGCUGCUGGAAAAACUACCAUUCUAUACAAGCUGAAGCUUGGUGAGAUCGUAACUACCAUCCCAACUAUAGGUUUCAAUGUGGAGACGGUGGAAUAUAGGAACAUCAGUUUCACCGUAUGGGAUGUGGGUGGCCAGGACAAGAUCAGACCCCUGUGGCGACAUUACUUCCAGAACACACAGGGACUCAUCUUUGUCGUGGACAGCAACGACCGAGAAAGAGUGGCAGAGGCUGCAGACGAGCUCUCAAAGAUGUUGGGUGAGCAAGAGUUGAAAGAUGCCGUGUUGCUGGUGUUUGCCAACAAGCAGGACCUCCCCAACGCCCUUACAAUCAGCGAGCUCACAGACAACCUUGGUCUCAACAGGAUGCGGAACAAAGAAUGGCACAUUCAGGCGACCUGCGCCACCCAGGGCACCGGCUUGUACGAAGGACUCGACUGGCUGUCCGCGGAGCUGUGCAAAUAGGUGCCAAUCAUCCGGGCAGAUGAAAGCGUGAACUUUCACACGGACUUUCAACGUUUGGCCCUGCAGCUGCGGAACACAUGGCUGGUGGCCAGUAUGGUUUUUUUUUUUUUUUGUUUUGUUUUGUUUUUUUUUUUGUUUUGUUUUUUUUUUUUGACAGAGAAAGUGUGGGGUGGGGCGGGGGUUGUCAUUCUACUUUCAUUCCAUUGUAUGACCAAUCUAUGAGAGUCAUCAUGAAAACGAUGCAGUUUGACCACUUGAGUAAUUCCAGUCUGGUAGCGUGAGGUUGGGUUUUGUGAGGUUCUCGUCAACGGAUACGGACCCGCAUUGCUGUGAUUUAUCUUUUGAAGUGUUUUUCUACCACUUAGCCUUCCGGUGAAUGGAUCUAAAAAGCAACAUUGUGCCUUCUAGACUCUCUUUUUAUUUCAUGCUUAACGCUCACGCUCUCUUAAGAUGCUUUUUUUGACUUUAAAGACAAAAGACUUUUUUCUUUCUUUUUCUUUUUUUUUCUUUUUUUUUUACAAUUUUUCUGUACGUGCUGCUUCAUUGCAAACAGUUUUCCUCAAUGCAUGUAACAACCAAAAGUCUGCACUUGCAUUUGUCAAGACUAACACAAUUGUCCCAUCGAGCAAUUGUUUGAGAGAAGAUUCAUUGUCUCGUCAUUGCUAAAAUUGUUUCGAUGACAUAUAAGUAGGUUUUUUGUUUUGCUUGGAAUGUUUGCUAGCAAAUGCUUAAUAUUGAGAACAAUUUUAUACGCCUAUAUACUUCAUUGUUUGCUCCAUCUUGGAAAAAACAAUUGGUGGGGGUGUGCACUCCGGCAUUCGCUUGCAGAACCUAAAAUUUGUGAUUGUUUAUAACAAGAAUUUGCUUUAAAGUGUAUUACAAAUAAGUUCACAAUAAAGAUUUUAAAAAUA